AUAGCAGGUGACAGUACUGCUGCACAAUAGUUAGGCAGCAGAAAACAAUGGGUGUGGGACGGAAGGACUAUCCCUCAGUCUGCUUGGUUGCAGCUGUUUUUCUAAUGUGUUGUAUGGUGCCGCUUGCGGACUGCCGUCGACUGAGGAAAGCUCAGAGGCCAGUGGCGAAGAGAGAGGAUGUCCAUUCUCCCACAGCUGUUGUCCAAGAAGGAAAAAUUGUGCUUGGGAAAGUUUUCGAGAGCUCGGAUAUCGACAGAAAGUCGUCAUUUAAUGAAUCGUUGGAUGACGAAUCUGAUUAUCAGGCAGACUUCGCAGGCUGGUCCCAGGAGAUGGAUGUGGAUGAAGCCUCCAAGGAGUUAUGGGAGCACUUGGGGGCAUAUCUGCAUUGUUUUGAUGACCACAUGAAGUUCAGGUCACUUGGAACAGAGGCUUCACAACUUUCAGUGGUGCAAGCAAAUGAACCCCCAAUACCUCUGUCCACGGUUCCUCCAAGAUGUGGCUACAGGAUAUAUGGAACUUCAAUAACAUUCAUUCUGAUUGUUCCAUUUAAAGGUUGCAACAUAAUUCAGCAGGGUGGAAAUCACAUACUCCCUCUACUCUGGCAAGGCCAUCCACUGUCCCUGCUGUGUCCCGAACAUACGGGCCCUGUGGUUCCUCCCGUGGGGCCUGUGGGCCCCGUGGUUCCGCCCAUGGGGCCUGUGGUUCCUCCCGUGGUUCCGCCCGUGGGCCCCGUGGUUCCUCCCGUGGGGCCUGUGGGGCCCGUGGUUCCUCCCAUGGGGCCUGUGGGGCCCGUGGUUCCUCCCGUGGGGCCCGUGGUUCCUCCCGUGGGGCCUGUGGUUCCUCCCGUGGGGCCCUUUGACUUCUAUUAUCUUCAAGCAGCAGAUGAUCUUUUUCAACGUUUCCCCUUCUACCCAUUCCCUUAUCCACCUCCAACAGCUCCUCCUCCCACUGAAGAGCCGAAAGUCCUUUAUCCCCAGAUUCCUUUUAAUCCAGAGCUCCUUUGGCCAUACUGGCCUCAGCUUCCAGAAUUUCCUCCCAUCUUUCCUUGUCCUCAAGGGAAAUGUCCAGUGCCUGGACAAACGGCUCCCUGCAUAAUACAAGAUCCUGCCACUACCCAGACUCCUCAUGAUACUCCUGCAAAGUGGUAUCCUAUCGUCUGCCUACCUCUUCUUCCAGAUGAGCAACAUUUUCAGGACAUGUUUUAUCAAGGUUAGCUUUGAAAAGUUGAAAUAAAUGUUUAAAAUAAAAGGGACUCAUGUCUUUGGUUGCAGAUUGUACAAUG